UAAAGGUAAUAAAUAAUGAGAUCUAUUGUUAACCCUAAACAGCUGUAGUUAGACACAAUCAUUAUAAUCAUUAUUUUAUAUGUAAAAUCAAUAGUCAGUACGGAGAACAACGAAACAACAGAUCGGCUGUGAUCGGCUAUGUUCGGCUGUGUUCGGCUGUGUUCGGUUGUGUUCGGAUGUGAUUGGCUGUGUUCGGCGGUGUUCGGUUGUGAUCGGCUGUGUUCGUCUCUCUCCGUCAGACAGGCCUCUCCAUGCAGAGUGUAUCCAGCAGCUCUCGGCUGUGUUCGGCUGUGUUCGUCUCUCUCCGUCUCUCCUCGGCUCUCUCCGUCAGACAGGCCUCUCCAUGCAGAGUGUAUCCAGCAGCUCUCGGCUGUGAUGGAGUCUAACCCUGAGAACCCGUCUGAUCUCCGGAUCCGGAUGGAUCAGCUGCCUGUUGACCCGCUGCUACACAUCCUGUCCUACCUGGGCCUCACCGACCUCAUACAUUGUAGUUUUGUGAGCAGGAGGUUGAACGAGUUGUCCAAACACAACCCUCUAUGGAGGACACUCUGCUCCAGACACUGGCUGCUCUCUGAUGCCGACCGGCUGCAGAGCUCCUCCUGGUACUGCCUGUUUAAGCAGUACUACACAGACCUGGGCCGCUACAUGCAGUACUACCCCGUACUGAAGAGAUCCUGGGAGCAGCUCAAGGUCUUCCUGCAGCAGAGCUGUCCACGCAUGAUCGCAUCACUCAAAGAAGGCGCCACAGAGGUGGAGCUUAACGACAUCGAGGCUCAGAUCGGCUGCAGACUGCCAGACGACUACCGCUGCUCCUACCGGAUCCAUAACGGACAGAAGCUGGUCAUCCCGGGGCUGAUGGGCAGCAUGUCCCUGUCCAACCACUACCGGUCGGAGGUCCUGCUGGACGUGGAGACGGCGGCCGGCGGCUUCCAGCAGAGGAAGGGGAUGAGACGCUGCCUCCCGUUGACCUUCUGCUUCCACACCGGACUGAGCCAGUACAUGGCCCUGGAGCCGGCCGAGGGGCGCCGCAUGUUCCAGAGCUUCUACCCCUGUCCCGAUCAGACGGCUCAGGAUCCUUCAGCCAUCGACAUGUUCAUCACAGGUUCCUGUUUCCUGGAGUGGUUCACGGCGUACGUCCACAACGUGGUCACAGGAGAGUAUCCGAUCAUCAGAGACCAGAUCUUCAGGUAUGUGCACGAGAAAGGCUGCGUGGCGACCACCGACGACAUCACCGUCUCCGUUUCUACCGCCUUCCUGCCUGAGCUUUCCUCCGUCCACCCGCCGCACUUCUUCUUCACCUACCGCAUCAGGAUAGAGAUGGCGAGCGGCGCCUCGCCGGACGCCGCCUGUCAGCUGGACAGCCGCUACUGGAAGAUCACCACCUCGGACGGCAACGUGGAGGAAGUUCAGGGUCCCGGCGUGGUCGGAGAGUUUCCCGUCAUGACGCCGGGGAAAGUGCACGAGUACGCCAGCUGCACCACGUUCUCCACGCCGUCGGAGUACAUGGAGGGUCACUACACGUUCCACCGGCUGGCCAAUAAGGAGGAAGUGUUCCACGUGGCGAUCCCUCGGUUCUUCAUGGUCUGCCCGCCGUUCAGAGAACCCGUCGUCAGAACGCAGCAGAAGGCGUCGACCAGCUACACGUCUCGCUUCGACGACCACGAAGACGACGGCGAGUACUGCGACGGAGACGGCGACGACUUCGGCGACCUGAGAGGAAUCAACAUGGACGCCUUGGAGGGAGCGUGGUGCCCUCGACACAUCUAUGUAUAUAUAGUAUAUAUCUGUAGUUCCUGCUGGGGACCAGCGGGAGGCGGUACUCCCUCUGGGUUGAAUGGACCCUGUUGUUCUGGUCUGGGACUCAGACUCGGUCAUGGGACCCUGUUUGCUCGUCCUGAACCAUGUGAGUCAUAUGAGACGGAGAGAGGAGAAGAGGAAGAAGAAGAAGACGAGGGGUGGAUUAAAGAAGAAGAAGAGGAAAAGAUGGAGGACUUGUCCCGCUGGCUGAGGGACGCCGGCUGGUGGGUGAGGAGGUGCUGCUGUGGUGAGGAAGAGGAGGAUGAGGAGGAGAAAGGGAGGAGGGAAGAAGAAGAAGAAGAGGAGGAGGAGGAGGAGAAGGAGGUGAAGAUGGAGGAGCUCAGCUUGAGAAAGAGCCGGAGUUCAUCUUCCCUCCCGCCUGCUGAGCUGGAUCCGUCCCCCUCCGGGCCCCAGCCACACUGGUUCCACACUCUGCAGGUGCGCCGGUACCGAGGGCAGCGAGGACGCAGCAGCAGCGACCCGCUGGGAGGGACGGAUGGCGAGGACCACUUCACCUGGAAACCGGGUCUCCAGUUCGGAGCAGCUCAUUCUUACCUGAGUCUGGAGAAACUGGGUGAAGGAGCGUACGCCUCCGUCUACAAGGGCAUCAGCAGGAUCAACGGGCAGCUGGUGGCUCUGAAGGUCAUCCGUAUGAAGACGGAGGAGGGUGUCCCGUUCACCGCCAUCAGAGAAGCGUCUCUGCUCAAAGGUCUGAAACACGCCAACAUCGUCGUCCUCCAUGACAUCAUUCACACCAGAGAGUCUCUGACCUUCGUCUUUGAAUACGUGCAGACGGACCUGGCCCAGUACCUGACCCAACACCCUGGAGGACUGCACUCACACAACGUCAGGCUCUUCAUGUUCCAGCUGCUGCGAGCGCUGUGCUUCAUCCACAGCCGGAGGAUCCUCCACCGAGACCUGAAGCCUCACAACCUGCUCAUCAGCUACCUGGGAGAACUCAAGAUGGCCGACUUCGGUCUGGCUCGGUCCAAGUCCAUCCCCAGUCUGACCUUCUCGUCUGAGGUGGUGACGCUGUGGUACCGCCCCCCCGACGUCCUGCUGGGAUCCACAGAUUACUCCACGGCUCUGGACAUCUGGGGUGCCGGCUGUAUCUUCGUGGAGAUGCUGCAGGGGGCGCCGGCGUUCCCCGGACUCACGGAUGUCUUUGAACAACUGCAGAAGAUCUGGAAGGUCCUCGGCGUCCCGUCUGAGGACAUCUGGCCUGGAGUCAGUCAGCUGCCCAACUAUCAACCAGAGCGCUUCCUUCACUCGGAGCCCAAGCAGCUUCGCAGCUUCUGGAAAAGGUUGAACCAGCUGCCCUAUAAGACCGAGGACCUGGUCCAGAGGAUGUUGAGGGGGGUCCCUACAGACCGGAUCUCGGCGCAGGACUCCCUGCAGCACCCGUACUUCAGCACGCUGCCUCCUCCUAUCAUGCACCUCAGAGACACGGUGUCCAUUUUCAAGGUGCCCGGCGUUCGUCUGGAGACGGAGGUCAGAGACGUCUUCAACCCGGGACGGAGACUCAGACCGUCCCUGCUGCCCGCCGCCAAGUUCUGGUGAACAAACUCAGACCGACCGCUAAUGAGCCACCACCAACCUGACGAGACCACCGGAGGGGGGAAUAAACCCUUUAACCACCAACCUGACGAGACACUAAGCUAAGUGCUAAAGCUAAGCUAAGCUUAGUGCUAAAGCUAAGCUAAGUGCUAAAGCUAAGCUAAGGUUUAUGUAAAUGUACUUUAAUCUCGUAUUUGUUGAUUUAAUUGUAAAACGUUCCCUUCAUGUUUUUCGGUCCUUCGGGGCGUCGGUCUGAACACGUCUCCCGCUAGCAUGUGUUAGCAUGUGUUAGCAGUGAUUCCUGACUGACUCUCUUCAUGAAUUAUGAAUAAAUAUUUAUUAGUUGUUGUCGACCUGUUGCAGCUCUCUGCUGACGAGCUGAUGAAAUCAAAUCUGUUAUUAUAUUAUAUUAUAUUAUAUUAUAUCAUAUAAUAUUAUAUUAUAUGAUAUAAUAUUAUAUUAUAUUACAUUACGUUACGUUACGUUACGUUAUAUUAUAUUAUAUGAUAUUAUGUUA